GCCGGGCUCAUGGCGUAUUCAAAUCCGCUGCUCAAGGCUCUUUUAUAUGAAGAAACCCCGGAAGCAGCCGAACUACUAGGACAUGGGGAUGCUUUCAUUGUUAUUGUCCCUCCACUAGAGACCAAGGAUGAGCUCAUGGUUGAUAGCGACUUUCUUGCAUCCCAUAUAAUCCAUGUCCCAAUGGAUGCAUCUUCAAUGAGCCUACUACGCUCACACCAUACGUCUUUACCUAUCCCUACGGCUUCAACGUCCAUGUUAUCACGUAUCACCUCACCAAGGCUUGAACGUAUCGGGUCGCUAAAUUUUGGUAAUAGUUCAAUGGCCGAAGGUCGUGAUCCUAGACGAAGAGUUCUAUCUUACGAUGAUGCCAAUCGCAACCGAUCUACGCUCAGUAUUUCCAGCCUUGAGAAACAAGGCAUCACUUAUACCACCCUUAAUCAGAAGACCAUCACCAUCAGCGAUACCACUUUAAAAGCACAGAAAGGCUUUCAGUAUGUGAAGCGGACAAUAAAGUGGAACCGCUUGUAUUUCACAAAGAACGGGAAGCAUCUACUGCUAUUGUAUAUAGAAAAGGCGUUAAUGAUACCAAACUCUGAGAUGAAUCGUUUAUAUACUAGAAAACCGACUACCAACCCUCAAAACUUUCGGGACAUCUUAGAAGCUUUCCCAGCAAUCAGCUCUCCAAUUUCGGUACAGCUUGAACAAUCUAUCCAGGCAUUUUGCGAUCGAGCUAUUGAAUCCCAAGAUUUAUCCAGCCUUCAUGAUGAUAUGAAGGCCUUACUACAGAAGGAAUAUCAGCUUUUGGAAAACGUGGAUUGGCUUGUCAUCCAGCAUGUCAUGAAGACGUGUCGUCUUACAAAUGAAGCAUUGGAUCAGAUAUAUGAGAGCUACAUUAUGGAAAGGACAUAUGAUAUUGUGUUCUUUAAAAUCACCAAUUUCCAACAAUCUUUAGAUUCAUCUUUGGGCAAUGCAUUACAUCGGAUGUCCAACCUAGACCUCACACAAGUUGGACUGCCGAAUAUCAGUGGCAUGGCAAAACGACUCUCUAGCGGCCUGGAAGUGUUUCGAGAGAUCGGUACCUUUCGUACUCCCAAAGAGAAGCUGGAUUGUCUAUUAGCAACCAUAUCCAAAUUAACAAGUUCAUCUGUAUCCAAAGACAACGAGUCGAUAGCAAGUGCCAAAAGUCACGAGGACCCACCAUUUUUGAACUCAGAUGUCCUUAUACCACUUCUCAUCAUCACCAUCAUCCAAAGCCGAGUUUCUAAUUUGGUAGCUAACCUAACAUACAUGAAGGAAUAUGCUUUCGAACAUAAUGUCACCACUGGAGAAUACGGCUAUGCACUCAGCACGUUGGAAGGCGUGAUACAAUAUCUUGUGGAAUCAGAGCAUAAUUUGAGCGAAAUCUCUUUGCGCAAUGAACAAUUCUGGGCACAUUUACGGGACGGUGACUUGUGCUACGUUAAAGAUAUCUUUGAUGACGAAAAUGGAGAGAAACUGGCUCACAGCACGCAAAGUCUUCAACCGACCAGGCAAGAAUUAGAUACUGAAGACGCACCUCCUGAUAACUUCCCUUUCUGGACAUCAGAGUUGGAGCACUCAGCUGGCACGGAGAUCGCCGACAUGCUUGACGAGAAGGAGACGAUAUCUCGUCCAACUCGACCGAGAACAGGCAGCAUUCGAUCCAUAUCGUCAGGGCCGAGAUCAUUGUCAGUACUUCAUACUCGGGAUCCACAAGGCAAUAACGCUCUCCUACUUGCAUGCUUUUCUGAUAAUGCAAAAUUGGUAGAAUACUUACUCGAACGACAAGGAGGUUGUGGACCUCGUGAUCUCAACAAUGAGCUCAGAACACCGCUUAUGGUGGCUGCCAUGCAUGGCAAAAUCGACGUUGUGAAAGUGCUUCUACGAGACAAAUAUAUACAAGAGACCAUGGAGCGAGAAGAUGUGGAGGGCAACACAGCACUACUGUUAGCUUGCGCAUAUGCUGACAAUGAGCACUACGUCAGUGUGGUAGAAGAGUUGAUUAACACUGGAGGCGCCCGUUUGCGUGUGUCGAACCAUCAAGGGAAUAGCCCAUUGCAUGUGGCAGCUAUGGGAUCUAACGAGGGACACAAGCAAGUAUUGCGAUUACUAUCCAAGAUGAUGUCCAAGGAUUUGUUAGACGGACAAAAUGCCGAAGGGUCUACUGUCUUUCAUCUUUGCGAUAGCCCUGACCUUUGUCUGGCGCUCAUCCAAGAGCGUGGGGCCAAUGCUGAGAUUGCCGAUAAAUUUGGACGAAGUCCAUUCAUGGCGUGGUCCUCAAAAUGCAAUAGAGAUAUGGUCAAGUUUUUUCUCGAUCAUAAUAUUGGACGCCUGGACCAGGCUGAUGUGCAUGGGCAAUCUGCUCUUCAUCUGGCGUGCAACAGCGAUGUGCUUACUGCAUUACCACUUUCUAAUGAUGAGAAUACGAAGCAAGUUCUAGAUGUUUUGCAUAUGCUUUUGGCACAAAUCUCUGUUGAGCAACUGAAUUGCCGAGAUAGAGACGGCAAUACGGCUUUACAUAUUGCCGCCAUGCGAUCUGGAGGUUGCCCGCUGGUUGAAAUUCUCCUGGAAAACAACGCAAGUCUAGACAUUUAUAACAAACUUGGCCAGCGUCCAGUCUAUGUCGCAAAGGAUUCAGAAACAAUUAACCUUCUUGAUGAUAUAACAUUGUUCCGUAAGCCAGUCGGUAAAGAUUUUGACCGACAGUGUACAAUCACAAGGGCAGAAGUGCAGGAAGCCAAGAUCAUGUAUAUCAUCAAAUGUGGAACGCAGGGCGAUCGGCAAUCUAUUGUAACUGUUCGAAGGUCACUUGAAGACUUUCGAUUUAUCCGGCAACAAAUUUCAUUUGAACUGCCUGAAACUUUCAUGCCAACAUUAUCCGAUAUAUUGAAUCCAGAAGCCUUCGACUUGAAACCACCUCCACUCAAAUUCCUUGAAACAGCUACGCAAACGCUGAAUCGCUUUUUGAAAAAUUUAUUUGAAAACAACACCUUGAAGAUACAUGAAUUGAUUUGGGAAUUUGUUAUGGUCCCAGAUCUGCAGCGAGAUAUCAUACGACGACGAUCUUCAGCAAAGCGAGACCUACUCUUAGAUUCCAUUGCAGAUGAAUAUUCUUCUAAUUUGGAAAAUUUGGAGAGCGAGAAUCACUUUUUUGUGUUUACGAAGAACACCAUGCAACCUCUCAGAGAUGCCUUCUAUCGCGUCUCGUGGUGUAUGAAGAGAUUGCAAAGCUGUGCCGAAGAUGUGGAUGCUGAAUUGGCUCAUGUUGGUCAGGAAAUUGCUCGAAAGCAGGCUUUUCAGUUGUCAAGCAAAUGGCCAUGUGUAGCAUUUUUAACAGGAUCUUCUAGCCCUGACAGCCAAUAUGAAACCGAUACGAUGAAAGCCUCUGAAUUUCUUCAAGUCAUUCAAGGCGCAGCUGCGCUAGCCGAAGGUGUCCUGUUGGGAGUACAGCGACCACUUAACUUAAUAGAAACCAUACAAGAAUCUAUAGACGAAAUGGAAAAGCAAAAGGCGUCUCUCCAACGUGCAGUAUCAUGGAACGAUGUCUUUUCUACUUCAGAUCAACGAAAGAAAAUAACGGAUACGAAAGAUCAGAUGUUGGAGGUAAGAACUCUCAUGACCGAAUUUUUGGACACGUUUACCGUUAUGGGUUGUGUCGUUUGUAUUUGCCCACUGAUCAGCGGCUGAUCGUUUUAUUACUUCAGUUACAAUUCAAAAUCACCAAGCUCGCUUGUCAAGUCAAUUACAGCCAUCAAAGAGUAUCAGAUGAGAUGGCGCAACUGCAAGCUCGACACGAUAAGCAACUGGAAACAGCCAUCAGAAACUAUGUUAGGCACAAGAUUGCCUCUGAGCGUCGCAAACUCGAGAAAAUGCAAUUAUUAUAUGAAGGCGUCAAUAGAAGCAGCGAUCAGCUUGCUUGAAUAUUUUUUUUCUUCACCUCGGUAGGCUCAAUGACUUAUGGCCUAGUGCACACCUUGAUAUGGCAAAAUGGAUGGCACUGGUAAACGCUCAGGCGCAUCGGAGCAUGGUCGGACGUCAGCACACGGCAAUGAUCUACAUG